AUGGUGGAUGAUCAUAAGAAGAAUGUCGUUGCAAUUGGAAUCUGUUCUAUACUCCUGGUUGCCAUGGUGGUUGCCUUUAUAGGCACCCAUCAUGAUGGCAAAUUUGACGGUCCAGGUAGCAAGGAUGUAUCCGAACCCAUGAAAACCAGUCAGACGAUGAAAGCCAUUCAGACGAUAUGUAAAUCGACAGAUUAUCAAGAAACUUGCGUUGAUAGCCUCAAAUCAUCGGACACGAGCAACCCGAAAGAACUCAUCGAGCUUGCUUUCAAGGCAGCUAUGAAGUAUAUUAAUGAGGCUGCCAAGAACUCGACAGUCCUUCAAAGCCUUCAAAAGGACCCGAGGGCAAAAUCCGCUCUUGACAGUUGCCACGAGCUUGCAGAACGUGCUGUAAACGACCUCCAGAGAUCGUAUGAUAAGUUCAAGGCUUUCGAUGUAAGCAAUUUUAACAUCAUGCUGUCUGACAUAAAGGUCUGGCUUAGUGGUGCCAUCACGUAUCAAGAAACAUGCAUAGAUGGCUUCGAAGAUGUCCAGGGAGAUGCAGGAGAGAAAAUGAGAGACUCAUUAAAGACAGCCAUGGAAUUAACCAGCAAUGGCCUUGCAAUGGUUACUGAAAUCUCGACGGUGCUCGAUUCCUUGAAUGUGCAAGGAUUUAAUAGUCGUCGUCUCCUUUCAAAAGACCUGCCUGAUUGGAUGGAUGUUGAAAGACGUGAGAUCCUUCAAGCUCAGCCACAGCAGAUCAAGCCAGACCUUGUUGUGGCUAAGGAUGGGACAGGAAAAUAUAAGACAAUUAAUGAAGCCAUGAAAGAUAUCCCCAAAAAAAGCAACAAGGCCUUUGUUCUUUACAUUAAAGAGGGAGUUUAUGAAGAAAAGGUGCAGUUCAAUAGCAGUUUGAUUAAUUUGAUAAUUAUUGGGGACGGUCCAACCAAGACAAGGAUAACCGGUAAUCUGAAUUACAUAGAUGGAACUAACACCUACCAUACAGCAACAGUCGCCGUACAAGCUGACAAUUUCGUGGCCAAGAAUAUUGGAUUCGAAAACUCUGCUGGUCCAGAAAAGCACCAAGCGGUUGCAUUGCGUGUUGGAGCCGACAAGUCAUUGUUCUAUAAUUGCCAUAUGGAUGGCUACCAAGACACCCUUUAUGCACACACCUACCGUCAGUUCUACAAAGAUUGCGUUAUUUCGGGAACCAUCGAUUUCAUAUUUGGAGAUAGCGCUGCUGUUUUCCAGGGCUGCACAAUGGUGGUGCGGAAGCCAAUGGACAACCAGCAAUGCAUUGUCACAGCACAAGGCCGGAAAGAAUCGCGCCAGCCUACAGGACUUGUACUCCAGAACUGCACAAUCCAGGCUGAUCCCGAGUACUAUCCUGUCAGGAACAAGAUCAAAUCAUACCUUGGCCGGCCUUGGAAACAAUAUUCCAGGACCAUAAUCUUGGAAUCUUUCCUGGAUGAUUUGAUCCAGCCUCAAGGAUGGCUUCCCUGGAAUGAAACAUUUGCUCUUGACACACUUUUCUAUGCGGAAUUCAAUAACAGAGGCCCUGCUGCUGCUAAAACACAGCGGAUUUCAUGGCCUGGUGUCAAGGAACUUCCGGCCAACAGGGUUCAACGAUUUACGGCUUCUCAGUACAUUGAUGCGGAUAAAUGGAUACCAUCCAUGGGGGUGCCUUAUGCACCUGGCUUUAUAUUGCCAGUUCCGAAAGAAGAUCCAAGGGUUAAAUAUUCACCCAUUUCACCCGACGAAAACAAAGAUUUAGGGAGAGAGAGGGAAAGAACUUCAUUUAUUAACUCCCCGGACAAAAGUUCUGAUCCUGAAACUGAUUUGGAAAAAAGUAAGGCUCCUGCAGUGGCUCCUAGUCCCGAUACAGCCUCGUCGCCUCAGCUGCAAAAUUAA